AUGUCUGGGCUUCCACCAGGGUGGGCUGAGCACAUUGACCCCAACACGGGCAAUCCGUACUACCACAAUACCGCCACCGGAGAGGUCACCUGGACCAAGCCCGGCGACGAUGGCGCCGCUGCGCAGGCUCAGCCGACCCCGGGUCUAGAUGGCGGGGGAAUGCAGAAUGGUGCAGACCCUGGUGGCAUGGGCGGAAUGGCUGGUGGCAUGGGCAUGGGCCAGAUGGGCAUGGGGCAGCCACAGAUGGGCCAGCCAAUGGGGCAAGGCAUGGGCGGAAUGGGCCAGAUGGGCAUGGGCCAGCCAAUGGGCCAGAUGCAGAUGGGCAUGGGGCAGCCCAUGGGGCAAAUGCAGCAGCCCAUGGGGGGCUGCAUGGGAGGUCAGAUGGGCAUGGGCAUGGGUGGUGGGUGUAUGGGAAUGGACGGUAUGGGAGGUCAGAUGGGUAUGGGAGGAAUGGGUAUGGGUGGCGGUAUGGGCGGCAUGGGGAUGGGCAUGGGUGGCGGAAUGGACGGUGGCCUGCAGACUGGCACUGUCAAGUCGUGGAACGAUGAGAAAGGCUUCGGCUUCAUCAUUCCGAACGGCGGUGGAGAUGACAUUUUUGUCCACAGAAGUGCUCUGACAGAUGGUGGUAUGCUGCUCCAGGGUGCCCAGGUCCAGUUUGAGGUGACGUGGAAUGCCCAGAAAGGCAAGAGCCAGGCCUCCCGAGUGACGGGCGCAGUGCCCCAGCAAAAGGCCGUGGGUGGAUUCCGGAAGCACUGCUAA